AUGGCUGUGGAGGUGAUCUGUUGUGGGACAAAGUUCUGGCUGUAUGUGCUUAUCAUCAUAGGGCUGGUGUGCUUUGCCGGAAUGAUGGCUGGGCUGACGCUGGGCCUCAUGUCUCUCGGCCUCGUCGACCUUGAGGUCCUCAUGAAGUCCGGUCGUCCUCAGGAUCGCAAGCACGCCGCUAAGAUUUAUCCAGUGGUAAAGAAUCAGCAUCUGCUACUUUGUACACUUUUAAUUGGCAACGCCUUGGCGAUGGAGGCUCUUCCUGUAUUCUUAGACAGUCUUGUGCCCCCUUGGGCAGCCAUUGUGAUAUCAGUCACUCUCAUCCUCGUGUUUGGGGAGAUAUUGCCACAAGCAGUCUGUACUCGCUAUGGAUUGACAGUUGGGGCAACAAUGGCCCCGUUCGUGCGUGUUCUUCUUAUUCUUUUCCUCCCAAUUUCUUAUCCAAUUAGUAAGGUUCUGGAUUGGAUGUUAGGUAAAGGGCAUGCUGCCCUUUUAAGGAGAGCAGAGCUAAAGACUUUUGUGGAUUUUCAUGGUAAUGAGGCUGGGAAAGGCGGGGAUUUAACACAUGAUGAAACUACCAUCAUCGCUGGGGCACUUCAGUUGACUGAAAAGACUGCAAAAGAUGCCAUGACUCUCAUAUCAAGCGCAUUUUCCCUUGAUCUGGAUGCACCUCUUACUUUGGAAACACUGAAUGCAAUAAUGACAAAGGGUCAUAGUAGAGUUCCAGUUUAUGCUGGGAAUCCCAAAAAUAUUAUUGGACUUGUUCUGGUUAAGAAUCUCUUGAUGAUUGAUCCAGAAGAUGCAGUUACUUUGAGAAAAAUGAUGAUAAGAAGAAUUCCUCGGGUUUCAGAAGACAUACCUCUGUAUGAUAUUCUAAAUGAAUUUCAGAAGGGUCACAGCCACAUUGCUGUUGUAUAUAAGGAUCUAAAUGGGAGAAAGGAAGCAUUAAAGAAUGGCAAAGAGGGUGAAACAUCUGUGUUUAAGGAUGACUGUAAGAUGCAAGGAGGCCAAUCUGAGGCUUCAUUGAAGAAAGAUGGAAAAGUGGGUUCAAACAAUGCUCAGAUAGCAAUGGACAAUGGUGACGGAGGUCAACAAAAUAAAAAAAGCCCACCAGCUACUCCGGCUUUUAAGAAACGACACAGAGGUUGUUCGCAUUGUAUUCUGGACAUUGAGAAUACUCCUAUCCCAGUUUUCCCAGACAAUGAAGAGGUUGUAGGAGUAAUAACCAUGGAGGAUGUCAUUGAAGAACUUCUUCAGGAAGAGAUAUUGGAUGAAACGGAUGAGUAUGUCAAUAUCCACAACAGGAUUAAGGUCAAUAUGCAUGCAUCUCAGGAAAAGGAUUUUCACUUGAAUUCACCUGAACUCCCAGAAGGGUCAUCUGCCACUCCAACGAUAACAUCAUCAGUGCCUACAGAUUCAGGUUCUACUCAACAUCAAGACUCUGCUAAGGUGGCUACUAUCGGCCCCAUGCCAACAAGCUCACAUACCCCAACACAUCAAGGUUCCGAAGGUGACAUGUCGAGGGAUCGGUGA